GCUUUUAAGGUAGUUUUCAUUUAAUAGCGCAGAAGUGAACAUGUUUCGCCACAACGGAUCGUCAGCAUUUAACACCAACAACAGCAAUUACCGUCUCUUUGGCGGUGCAACUUUCAAAGUGUUGCUGCUGCUGUUGUUGGCGCUGGUGGUAAUGAGCAAUGCACAAAUAGGUUGUCCCUCGUCCACGAAGGUGCUGAGCUGCACACCGAAGUGCAAACAAGAUACGGAUUGUAGUGCAAUCGGCGGCAAAUGUUGCCCGAAUUUGUGCAACGAACGCUCGUGCAUACAGCGCAACCAAUUGGACCAGGGCAAUGGCAACUCCAAGGGUGGCGACAAAUAUUCCAGCGGCAACUCCGGCGCCUACUGUGGCAACACUAAAUGCAGCCCCUAUGAGAAAUGCGAAAUGGAUCGCUCGACAAAACGUCAAAAGUGUGUCAGAACUUAAGCGGCACAGCGAG